UAUACAAUAUUAUACUAUCGAAUGUGUAGUCUCUUGCAGUUAGAACCAUAUUGGCAUUGGUUAUUGGGGGGAUAAACACGUUAGGUUACAAGUAGGACCUGUUAGUACUUAAUCGUAAUGCCAAACUUCAUGUCUUAAGAAGAAGGAUAUUUUGACCUCUAAUCUAUUUGUUUAAAUUGUGAUUAUUAAUAAAUGGCGUCUUUAAGAGCCCUCUUUUGGCGAGAUAACAUUUUUAGGUCUACUUAGUUCACCGGAAGUAAACACAGCGAUUCACUAAAUUGCGACACGUAACGUCCUCAUAUUAUCUGUACAAGUAUUGGUCGAGUCCCUGAUCUAUGUCGAAUAUUGACGUUAAUCAGUUAGCGGCAAGUGCAAAGACGGUUGAGAUAGUGGACUUAAAACAAACAACAAUACCAAUAAUGGGAGAAGGUAGCACAAAAAAACUGUUGAUUUGUGCAGCAGGAAUAUUCUUCUGUUACUUUUAUUAUGGUAUUCUUCAGGAAAAAAUUACAAAAGGCAAAUAUGGAGAGGGAGAGCAGACAGAAAAGUUUCACUAUACUUUGUCACUUGUGUUCGUACAGUGUGUUAUUAAUGCCCUUUAUGCUAAAAUUGCCAUGACAAUAUUUACUUCUAAAGAAAGAGAUUCAACUCCUAAUUACCUUUAUGCUAUCUGUUCCUUGACAUAUCUUGGAGCAAUGUUAGCUAGUAACCAUUCACUGCAACAUGUUUCAUAUCCAACUCAAGUCCUAGGGAAGUCAAUCAAACCUAUUCCUGUGAUGGUGCUGGGUGUAUUAUUUGCUCGAAAGAGAUAUCCUCUGGCUAAAUACUUUUGUGUUUUGCUCAUUGUUAUGGGAGUUGCAAUGUUUAUGUACAAAGACAAGGGAUCGACAAAGAAAACUGAAGACCAGCCUUUUAUAGGAGUUGGAGAAUUCCUGCUGUUGUUGUCUCUGACUCUGGAUGGUUUAACUGGUGCUAGUCAAGACAGGAUGAAGUCCUUUCAUCAAACAAGUGCUAACAACAUGAUGCUUCAUAUCAAUGUCUUCUCAGUCCUCUGGUUGGCCAUAGGUCUACUGGCAACAGGAGAGUUGUUUGAGUUCAUUGGAUUUGCCAGCCGGCACCCUAUAGUCUUGUUUAACAUGAUUAGCUUUAGUAUAGCCUCAGCUUUAGGACAGAUGUUUAUAUUUAUAACUGUAACAACAUUUGGACCUUUAACCUGCUCCAUUAUAACCACCACCAGGAAAUUUUUCACCAUCCUGGCUUCAGUCAUCAUCUUUCAAAAUCCUAUGUCAGCCCAGCAAUGGGCAGGCACAUCUUUGGUCUUCGUUGGACUUGGACUUGAUUCAGUGUAUGGCAAAGAGAAGAAAAAUAAGAGUUGAUAACAGGAUCGCAUAUAUCUUAGACUGACUUUGACAGACUUUAUGUGAUCAAUCUAAUAAAAUAAAGAUUGAGGUUGGCAUGUGGAAAUGUUAUUGUUGGGUCCCGAUCAGGGUCCACAUUCCAGAAAGUUUUAACUCAUCACAGAAGUUCCCUUUUUUUCUCAUUCGCAGUUGUGCUUUUCUAUUUAUUUUUUUAAUAAAUUUGUUAUUGUUACUUUUAAAAUAUUGAAAAGAUUGUAAUAAAAUAUUUAAAAUGAAUUUAAUUUAAAAAAAUAUGUUAAAAAUUACACUCCAACUCUCAUACAUUUCUAUACAAUGUUAAGGAACAAUUGAAAAAUUUUAUUAUUUUAAUCAGCAAAAUGUCAGAGGAUCAACACUGCUAGAGGGAUUAACAGUGCUAGAGCAUAAAUAUAAAUUUAUAUAUAACACGAAAAAACUAUGUACACAAGUGUUCACUGUUGCUUUUUAUUUCUUUCCUAUUCUCUUCUGCUCUUCCAACUUCUUUUCUGCUUUCUUCCAUUCUUCUGACAAGUUCUUAGCAAAAGAGUUUAUGAAACUAUUUGUUUUUUGAAUAGAUUUGUUGGCCUGAUCUUGAACAAUCCUUGAUGAAUGUUUGAGUUCAUCUUGCAGGCGAUUCACAGCAUCUGUUUCUUUCCAUUGCUCUAGCUUUUCCCCACCUUGAAAGAAAAGAUCAAAACAUUUUAUCAACUUUUUUUUUUUUUAUCCAUCAAACACCUUUUUUUUUUCCUUGUAAGUUUAGUCAAGUAUAAGUUAAUGACAUUUGACAUCAAAUGGAUUGUGAACUUUGUUCUAGAGGAUGAAAAUAUCCAGAAAAAAUAAAUUAUCUUUGUGUUACUGAUUAUAUUUAGUUCAGUAUUAAUGUUAAUUUCUUCUUAGUGUUUGGAAUUAUAUUUUAAAUCAAUAUUUAUUGAGGUUUUCUUAAGUGCUUAAGUUUUAUUUAUUAUUACAAAUGUUAAUAAAUGAAUUUUAAUAGAGAAAAUUGUAUGUGAAGAGGAAUUUAAAAGAAUUUACUCUGAUAAAACCAAGUCAUUUCCUUUUUUUAUUUCCAUUUGCUAUUUUGGUAUGAACUAUAUGCAACCAGAAGCAUACAUGUAUGUUGUUUGAUAAUUCAAACUUGCUGGUUGAAAACAUCAAAGUUUAUAAAUGUUUUUAGAUGUCUGAUAAGUUGAAAGAUUUUUUUUUAGAUGUAAUAUGUCUAGCUGAUUGAUGAAAGAGAUUCAGUCAGAUUGUUAUUUAUCAACUUGAUAUGUAAUAGAUUAACUAAUUGUUUUCAGUGGGAACAAGUGAAAUGAUUAGAGGGCAUAUUUGUAGGUAGUUUUGCUAUUAAGCAGCUGAGGUAGAAAUUACUAUAAUAUAAACUAACCUAAAAGUGACAACUUUUUGUGAGUGUGUGUAUAUAUAUAGCAUAUAGUAAGUAGCCCAAUUUUUAUAACUCACUCACAUUGGCUGGAUCUGUUUAAACAUUUCUUUAUCUUGUCUUGUAAUUUAUGAAUUUUUAUUUUGUUGAAUUAUUUUAUUGCCUGGCUCAUUUUGAGUCCAUCAUAAUUUAUUUUGUACAAGUUGUUGUCAUGAAUAAGAUUCCAGAAUAAAUUAUCAGUCUUGUUUUGUUUCAUCUUGAUUCAGAUAUCAAUGAAUUGUAUUAAACUCACAGUUUGAUGUUUAUUUUUUAGUUGAUUGUUACUAUAAAAAGAUAUUUUUAAAUAAUAUUUAAACUUUAUUUACCAAUUUCUUUUCCUUUUUGAAAAAAGUAGGCUGUCAGCUGUGCUGCACGUCUGAUUGGAUAACUUUCCGCUAUCUAGACAAAAAAUGUUUAAUAUUAUUUAUGAAAUGUAAGAUAAUAGAUGAAUUGACAGCAAAACAAAAUUUUUUGAUUUUUCUUCUUCUGGUAAUUAUUGAUUAGUUUUAUUUAAGUGUAAAAUACAAUAAAUAAUAUAUAAUGUUUAAAAAAAAGUUGAAUAAAAAUAUAUCCUACCUUU